UCUCUCCGCAUAUUAUUCAGAUGUUUGAGCCCAACGGAGUAGCUCUAGACAUUUUCGGAGACAAGGAGACCUCUGACGCCCGCCGGCGUUGCCAGCCCGCGACUGAGGAAGACCGUGUGAUUUUCGACUUGCACCUGAGCGUGUCGGUCUUGUACGCGAUCUCGUACAUCGGGUGGAAGUACAUGCCCUAUUGCUCCGAGCAAAUCGCCGCCGAGGCAGAAGCACUUGGGGGCCCCAUGUCGCUGGUGGAUGUCGGCGAGGGUCACCCUGAGCCUGGCACCGACACACCGUGGGGGCUCGCGAAAGCCUACAUCGACGAGGUGUGGGCGUUCCUCAUGGAGAACGACGGCUGGAACGCAGAUGGACGCUUAGGGGGUAGGGAGGUCAACCUCACCCCCUUCACCGGCGACUUCGUUUUCUCUGACUCGGCAGGAAACACCUGGGACGGGUACGAGCCGAAGAAUUCACCUUACAAGACGGGACGAGAAUUAGCUUUCUUCGCCCACGACCUCGCAAUCCUGUCCGCCGUCCGUUGUGCGCCAUGCUCCUUUCCGAAAAAUUGCCGUCGCUCCCAGUUCAGCAGCACGAAGAGGUGGCAGCCUUUGAUGGAGUCCAAUGGCCUUGGCUACUUGAACUCGCAGGUGCACGUCACCCCGCACAUCGGCGUUACCGGCCGAUUCUUCGGCUUCAACACGUCUGAGGACGAGGAGGCUUGGGGAGCGCGAACACUCGAUAGACCGCCGUACCAGAACAGGUACGAUGAGGCUGCUAGAGAGGUUCUCGAGGCCUCAACGGUGGCUGCAUACGACCCAGCAAAACUGUUCGCCAUCUCCUUGUUCGACAACAAGUUCAACUCGCUUCCUCCACUCAAGAUCGUGUACUUCUUUGACCGCGGCGACUUGUCCCUGAUGGACUUUCUCGAGCUAUCGGUCAAGUCGCAGCUUGCGAUCUACAACAGCGUAUUGCUCGCGUGGAGGGAGAAGGUUCGCCAUGAUGCCCCGCGUCCUACGUCCGUGAUCAGGAAUGAGCUGGGAGACGAACUCGUCGACGCCUACGCGGGUCCCGACAUCGGCAUUCAGACCAUCAAGGCAUCGGAGUGGGAGCCGUACAUUCGCACCAUGCCUCACAGUGAAUACCCGUCGGGCUCUUCGUGCAUCUGCGAGGGAUUUGCUAGUGCGCUCCGGCUCUGGGCGGGGAACGACAUCAUCGAUCCUCCAAUCGGGUUCCCUCCCCCCGAGUUCGGCGGCCCCAUACUCGAAUUUUCGAGCUGGACCGAGAUAUCGCAGAUGUGUGGAGACAGCCGCGUGUGGGCCGGUUUACACUUCGAGGAGGCGGUCCCUGCUGGAGCGGAACUCUGCGGUGGCGACGAAAUCGCCGUGUCCAUAGCUGCUUCUAUCGAUGCGCUCACCGCCGGCGACGAGAGUGCCGCCGUUUUCAAAAGGGAUGUCGGCGAGCUUGUACUGCGCCCCUUGUGAGCACCAUUGCGCGUGGAAAGCUGACGAGAGAGUAUGAUU